AUGGAGAGAUUUGGCAGCACAAGUCCACCCCCUCUUCUGGAAAAGGAAAUGGUUGCUCUGUUUGCUAACACGCUAAAAGCGCCAUACUAUGAACACGUGAUGGGUAGUUCGGCCCAACAAUUCACGGAUGUCGUGGCAGUGGCUGAACGAAUAGAGCAAGGAGUAAAGAGUGGGAGAAUCUCUGCACCCGUGGAGAAAAAAGGUUUCGGAGUGAAAAAGAGAGAGAUUGAUCAUAUUAAAAGUAGUUAUAGAAGCAAGAAAGGCCAUUUCCAAAGAUAUAACACUCAAUCCUUUUCAUCCCAAAUUGCCAACACCAAUUUCAACUUCCCAAUCCCAGCCAGAAAACUUGAACCCCAAGACCACCAAGUAAAAAACCAAGCUGAGAGUUUACCCAAAAGGAACUACCAAAGAACCCAAGAACAAUUGCCUCCAUUGUCAUUACCCCUAAAUGAAAUGUACCAAAAGCUACUAAGUAUCGGGCAAAUAGUCCCCGUGCCUUUGACACCCCUACAACCACCUUACCCCAGCUGGUAUAAGCAGGAUCUCACUUGCGAAUACCAUGCCGGUAUAGCUGGACACAGCAUCUAUACUUACAACGCCUUCAAGAGAAAACUUCUACAAUUGAUCAAAGCAGGAUGGAUAGCAUUUAAAGAUGCCCCUAAUGUGAAUGCGAACCCUCUACCUAAUCAUGCUUCAGGUAGUGGGUCUAUAAACAUGUUAGAAGUAGAACACUCAAAAAUCUUAAAGGUGUCAAUGGAUAGGAUCUACCAAAUGAUGAUAGAUGCAAGGUACAAAGAGGGUAGCGAGAAGUGUUGUGAACUUCAUAAUGUAAAAGGCUAUGUGAUCAGCCAUUUCAAGGGCUUUCACAAAAAAGUGAUGCAAAUGAUGAGUCGUGGGUUGCUACGAAUUGAGAAAGCAACAAGUGGAGAGGUGUUCAUGAUGGAGGCACCAAAUAAAGAGGUGUGUAGAGUACAAUUCACUACCGGAAAGCCACCCAAAUUGGUCCUAUCCAAACCAGUGGUGGAACAUAAAGGGAAUUAUAGUGCUUUACCUCAUGACUAUGGGUAUUCUUUCAAAAGCGCUCAGCAACCGCCUAUUUUUCAAGUAGAAAUUGGGGGAUUGACCCGUAGUGGCAGAUGUUUCACUCCAGAAGAGUUGGAAAAACAAAGAAAAGGUAAAGGUAAAGAAGGGGUUGACGUGAUUAAGGAAGUAAACAAACCUGUCAUGGAAGAGGAAACCAACGAAUUCUUAAAGCUGAUGAAACACAGUGAAUAUAGUGUUGUUGAACAGCUCAAGAAAACUCCAGCAAGAAUAUCGUUUUUUUCUCUGAUUCUAAGCUCUGAGCCACAUAGGAAGGCUCUACAAAAGGUAUUGAAUGAAGCAUACGUUCCUCAAGACAUCAAUCAAGAAGCCAUGGAACAUUUAGUGGGAAGAAUCCAGGCCUCGAAUUAUAUAUACUUCACUGAAGAUGAAUUGAGUCUUGAUGGUACUGGGCACAACAAGCCACUAUACAUUACAGUGCGUUGCAAGGAUAUUCUAAUCGGAAAGGUACUCAUCGACAAUGGUUCUGCACUAAACGUCCUACCAAUGCAUAUGUUGAAAGAAAUGUUUGUCGAUGAGUCACAUAUGAAGCCUAGCACCUUGAUGGCUAGAGCAUAUGACGGAAGGUCGUGGAUUCAUGCAGCUGGAGUCGUGGCUUCUUCAUUGCACCUGUGUUUAAAGUAUAUCAUGAAUGGAAUGCUGAUAACUGUCAAAGCUGAAGAGACAGUUUCCAUGAUAAAAAAUGUGGCCAUACCUUUUAUUGAAGCAGAAGAUUGUAUAGAUGGGAAUAUUCAUGCUUUUGAAAUUAUAAACGCAGAAUGGGUUCCUGAAGGCGCAGUGCUGAGAAAGCCUAGAAUCCCAGAAACGGCAAAGAUGGCUGCUAAAUGCUUUUUAAAGGAUGGGGCUCCUUUUCAAUGUAAUCCUGAGACUAGAAUGCCUAGGCUGAUCAAGAUAAACUGUGUAAAUCAAAUAUUUAGGCUUGGAUAUAAGCCCAAGAAAGACGAUUACAAGCGGGUCACUCAGGUCAAAAGAGAGGCAAGAAUGGCAAGGAUUGAAGGAAGAGAGCCAGAAGAAGAGGAACUUGUCAUCCCACCACUCCAAGUAUCUUUCCCAAGGGCUGCAGAAGUGAUUAGAUUCGGCAUAAUGGAUCUCCACAUCAAUACCCUGGAGAGCCAAGAAGAAAAACGAAUAGAGGAAGCGGAUUUGGAAAUGAAGGAUGAAGUUUUGCCAUAG